AUGGAAGAAAAUUUUGGUGAAUCAACUAUGAAAAGUAGAAAGAAAAACCAAGAUAAAAGUAAUAGGGAAGCAGAGCUUGAUUUCUUCCUAAAAAGAAGAGAAAUCAAUCUAGAUAUUCUCAUGAUUCAAAGGGGUUUAACUCUUACAGAAUUGAUGAAAAAGGGAAUUUUGAUUAUCGAACCCGAGCGUCUGCCGGUAAAAAAGAAUGGAAAAUUGAUUAUGUAUCACAUGAUAAAUAUUUUAUUAGUUCAUAAGAACAAACAAAAAAUGAAUCAAAGAUACAAAGAAAAAAAUUAUGUUAAUAAAGAGAAAUUUCCCGAAUCUAUUGAACGGGAUCAAAGUAGAAUUGGAAAUAUAGAAAAAAAAGAUUAUGAUUUACUUGUUCCUGAAAAUAUUUUAUCCCCUAAACGUCGGCGGGAAUUGAGAAUUCUAAUUUCUUUGAAUUCAAAAUCAAAAAAAAAUAAUGCUAUUCAUAAAAAUAUAGGAAUUUUAAACAAUAAGAACCUAAAACAUGAUUGUCACAUUUUGAAACCUUUUGAUAGAAAAAAAGGGGGGGGAACUAAUUUAAAGUUUUUUCUUUGGCCUAAUUAUCGAUUGGAAGAUUUAGCUUGUAUGAAUCGUUAUUGGUUUGAUGCCAAUAAUGGCAGUCGAUUCAGUAUGGUAAGGAUACGGAUAUAUCCACGAUUGAAAAGUCGAUAA